AUCGCGUGAGAAUGGCGAGGGGCGGCGUUUUUAAGUCAUAGGGCCAGCAGGAGGCGUAUGUGUAUUCAUUGCAAAGGCCUGCGCGUGCUCUCAGCAAGUAGCUGCGCGUAGAUAUACAAACCUGCCCCGGGCGAAGAAUGCAAGGUCUAUACGCUGAGCUGACGCAGGUCAGACAUGAAAUUUGCCAUGUGCAAGUAGCGCGUGGCCCGGGUUCUGCAGUUACCAGAAGCACGAAGUAGGCCCUAUUGCACAGGAUAAGGAACUGGCCCGGCAGUCGGCUCGCCUUCUUCAUUGCCAGCAGGAGCAGAAGACGUCGGGUGCGUAGAUGGUUUACUGUCGAUUUUUCGAUCUUGUUUUUUUUUUCCAUUUCGAGCGCAUUUUUGAACCUUACGCAUGAGAACGCGCUCUAGUGAUUUCGCAUAAACUCUCUGCGCCACUUCUGCUUGAUGUUAGUUUAUUUUUUACGAUGUGAGUGCUCACACACUUGUUGUUACUCUUACUACACUUUCUGUGCGGGCGGUUUUUUCAACAACAUACACGCAAAUCGAGGAGCGACCCAUGCUGUUCGCUUGCUCCAGCGAAGGUUAAGUAUUUUUUGUUUAUUGCGCAGUCCCAAUCGUGUUUGUUUUGGGAAGCAAGUGCGCGCACUCAUUUUUUUGAAGCGCAAUUUUUGGCACAGCUUGGGCAUUUUGCGGUAAGGGCCUCUGUCUGUUUGUACCUACAGAGAGCUCCGCCCGCGGCGUGUCAGGCUUGUGCGUCGGGGUUGAAGAAGUUUUUCUCGUUUUCGCUCCGGAUCAUUCCCCACUGCGCCAACGUGUUAGUGCGGUGGGUUUGUUUACUCUUUUUUCCCUUCGAUAAAAAUAGCGGACGCGCUGCACCACCUAGUAGAAGUUUGUUUUUCAAAUAUGAUUAUGAUAUAAACUUUGUUGUUUGUUUCUCACAUUUAAUGUGUCACACUCACAAGGUAGCAUAGUAUGUAUCAAAUGUAAAAGUGUCUGGGUCUGGAAGAAUGCCACUUGUCAUGCUGAUUUUGGAUUCUAAAAAAAUCUGUAUUGCAUGAGCAGCAAAGAGAGUCCAAGUUUUGCUACACGGAAAGAGCAUUUGUCAUGCGGGAGAGGCAUCAGAAAGCCCGCUAAAAAUCUGUGAUGCCAGGUUAUGCAUUACAGACGUCAUAUGUCAUGUAAAAUCUGCAUGACAAGUCUGGCAGUCUUCCAGACCCAGACACUUUUACAUUUGAUAGUAUGCCGAUCGCUACAAUAUUUGGGUCUUGAAUGAUGCAAGGUUUGCGGUGCUCGCUUGACAAAAUGAAGGAAAAUGCCCAAUCCUGUCGUGCUCAUUACCAGGCAGCCGCCUCUAUUUGUCAUGUAGUGACGCAAUUUGCCCUGGGGCUCCUCAUCAUGGAGGGCGUAGCUGUAGUGCAAAAAAUUUUCAUGCGAAGAAUGGCUACUUGUCAUCCACAACUUAGCAUCACAAUUUUCCAGACCCAAACAUAUUUCCAGCGCAUAGCACAUUUUCCCAACAUGAUGUCGCUGACGCUUUAUUGAUGCCUUUCAACAUAAUUCGAGCCGCAUUACCAAACAGAAAGUCGAAAAAAGCUACUAGCACAUAAAGUUUGUAAUGCAAAAGAAGGUACGCAAUAGUUGUUGCGACGUCGCGCAGCGAUAUGCACAGCGUACUGUUUGGUGCAUGCAAGACGGACUAUCUAUUCUUGCAACACAAACAUGCCACAUGGCAACGCGCUCGUUUAUUUUUGCUGUGGGAUGCGCCGAACAGUAGCAAACGAGUGGUCAAGAACAUAUCGUGAAGGAACAUUUUUUCACUCCGCAGUGAAGUAGAAGAGGGGAAAUAUGCUAGACGAAUCGACCAACGGUGGGCGUCAGGCAUGAAAGACUAUUUAUUUUGGCGGGCCGUAAAGUAGUAGUACUGAUCAGUAGAACCGCAAGAAGUAUUUGUUUGUUUCGUGCAGCGACGCAGAGUUGCAAAACUAAAAACUGACCGCCGCCAAGAUCUACCAGGCUUGUUUCUGAAGUAGUUGGGUCGCAAAUUUAUAUGAAGGAAUAGAGGCGCGUCGCAAGAUGAAACUGUUCUCAGGUUUGUUCUUGUUAACAUUCUCAUUCAUUGAUUGGCUCUGUGCUUCUCCUUGUGAAGUAGGUUGUAUCUCGAUUAUUCACCUCUCGGUCUUCUAGUACUUACAACACAGUACCUUACGGCUUUCAUCAUCAUCUCCCCGACGGCAGGUAAUUGUACUGGUGACAAGUAAGGACUCUCGGCUGACCAUCUUUCAUCGUGGUUGAUGGCACUGAAAGUAGCUGCACAAUGUAAGUACGAGCGCUGCAGCUGCCUACUUUCCAUGGCGGCACUUCGGUCCUAGCAUUUAGCGCUGGUAGUUCAUCAUCAUCUAGAAGUUGCGCUUUCUGGUCGACGUGUCUUUAUCAUGAUGAACUCCAGUACGUACAAGUAGAAGUACAGCUCGGUCCGGUGGAUAGUUAACCUUGAAAACAUCCUCGUGAAGCG